UGUCCGUGACGUAGCUUGUGUCAGUGCGCAUGGCCCCCACUCACCUACACGUGCACUAUUCCAGAGAGUGUCAGUCACUUCUUGAACACACCAUAACAUGGAAGCCAAGAGCGAGAACAAAGACUGGAUAAAAAGUUUGUGGCCCAACAAUUCCAAAGAGAAAGCGGAAAAUAGCGAUCUUUGGAGCCGAGUCUCGGAAAUGGUGGGAUACUUAAGCGGAGACGCAAGACAGGGGUUGCAGGUCGGGGCCGAUUGUACCUUGAGCCCGUUGGCGACGGGGGGCCCAGAGCCCGCUGCUCCCGAAGAGCCACCCCCUGUCCGGAGGGUGGUGUGUAUCCCCGAUCUGCCCGUGUUCCAGCCACCGGCCCAGCCCGCUCCUGCCGACUCCUCCACCGCAGAAAGCUUUCAGUGCUCGACUUGCCAGAAAACGUUCACCUCCAGGAUCCAGUACCAAACCCACAUUAAAACCCAUAAAGAAGGCGAAGAUCCUUACCAAUGCAAUUUUUGCGGGAAGACGUUUGCAGUUCCGGCUAGGCUCACGAGACACUACAGGACUCACACCGGGGAAAAGCCGUAUCAGUGCGAAUAUUGUAACAAGUCUUUUUCCGUCAAAGAAAAUCUGAGUGUUCAUAGGAGAAUACACACGAAAGAGAGACCGUACAAGUGUGACAUAUGCGAGCGAGCGUUUGAACACAGCGGCAAACUUCACCGUCACAUGAGAAUUCAUACGGGAGAACGCCCCCACAAAUGUACCGUUUGUAAUAAAACGUUCAUUCAGAGCGGCCAACUCGUAAUUCACAUGAGGACGCACACAGGCGAAAAACCCUACGUGUGCAAAGAUUGCGGGAAGGGUUUUACGUGUUCGAAGCAGCUGAAGGUCCACAAUCGGAGUCACACAGGAGAAAAACCUUAUUCCUGUGACAUAUGCGGUAAGUCUUUCGGUUACAAUCACGUCUUGAAACUGCAUCAAGUCGCUCAUUUUGGUGAAAAAGUGUACAAGUGCACCAUCUGUAACCAGACGUUCACUUCGAAGAAAUCCAUGGAAAGUCACAUAAAGAGUCAUUCCGAAGGGGAAAGGUCUGAAGAGACGGUGACAACGGAAAUGGAAUCAUCUUCGUGUGCUUCGUCGACUAGCGAUAAAGAGAACAAAUCAAGUAGUGAGAGUCCAAGCGGAGGUUGUUAUCCGAACAUACGUGAACUCUGCGGUUAUUUGUAUAAAAACGAGAGGCCGAGUGGCGUAAACCCUGCAUUGCUGGCUGCUGUGGCAGUGGCGAGCAGCGAGACCGGACCCGAAUAUAGACCCAGCCCCGACCACGUCCUCGAGACACCUGGAUUCGGAGUAAGCGAGUCGCCGGUCUACCUGGUUCCGGAGCCGGUCACCUCCAUCCAACGUAAACCGACGUACGUGAAAAUCCCCGUAGAGCUCGUUCAACUGCCGGAAAUGAUUGAAGACGAAGAGCUGUUGACGCCGCCGAGCAGCAAUCCUGUCAGCCCUAUUUCGGGAUCGCCGAUUUCUGUCUCUUCCCCUGAACCGGUCGACAGUAAAGAGGGCGGCCUGAUACUCCCUCCGAGAAAACGUUCAAAAGCGAUUCUAAAAUCAAUGGAAUCGGAAAGACCGGAACGCACUCCAAUCAGGUACAAUUCCGUUAUUCAGUACGCCAAAGCGUCUUAGUAAAUGAGCGGCUGUGAAAGAACAAAUCACUGCCUAAUGUUGACUCGGACAUACAGCUGUGAUAAUUACAUGCGAUCCUCAGAUUGGUAUCUUUCUAUUAUUAAUUGAUUGAUUUAUUAAUCAAUGAAUUUUUAUAUAAUUUCUAAUUAUAUUAUUACUGGAAAUUUUAUUCUACAUAUGCGUAACUUUUAAUAUGUGCAAUACUUUCAAGGAGAUUUCUAACUGUACAAAGUAAUUAUGAUCAGUAAUCCAAGUUGUAAGUCUCUUUGAACGCCUAGUAAUUUACGUUUCAAAAUUUUUCUAUCUAAAUUAAUGCGUUCGAAAAGUGUUAUAAUACCAAAUUAUUAUAAUGCCAACAACAUGCUACCUCUUUAGAUGUAAUCAGAAGGGCAUUCGAUUCGUGUCUCUUGUUAGAUUUUUAUUGUAAUAAUUGUUAUAGUAAUAUAUUUUCAAAAAAUAAAAAUUACAAAAAAAAGUUUGUGUAAACGUAUUUAAGGCGUCUAGUUAAGUGAAAAUUAAGUAUUCCUAUUUUUAAUAAGUAAUUUUGGAUGGAAGAUUGAAUGAAUAAGUUAGUAUGUGUGGAUCAAAUAGUUUAAUUAUCACAUUAUAGUGUAAUAAACUAUAUGGAACAGGCACCUCAGUACAGAGUAUUAUACCACGGGAAAGCCAACAAAAGAGCUUAAGUGGUGAAUACGAAUCUAGAUUUUGUGUAGGUACAUAUUGUAGAAUGUCGUUUGGGUUCAAUCCCCAUGAGGGGAUUGUAGCAAUUACGUUUAUAUUUCAGAACGUAUUAAUGUUUCGAUAUAUUUAAUAUUAUCUAUACAAUUAAGACUGUAAAAUAUUUAAAUGAUAAUAAUUCAAAAGAGAACUGAUUAAAAGAUACAAUUGUACUGAUAUACUUGUAACAUUAAUCAUUGCUGUAUUAAAAUUGUUUUCAAGUAUA